AUGCAGCUUCGGAAUACCUCCACCCUCGCCCUUCGAGGCGUCUCUUCCAUCUCCGCGUCUUCAUCGUGCGCUCGUCGAUCCAUUCUUUCUUCUUUUGCUUCUCACUACUCGACGACCUCGGUAUCACGAUCCAUUGCCAGACCGGCCGUUACCACUCUUCGUCCUGCCCUUGCGACUUGCGCGGCUCAGUUGAAUUCCUCGGUUUUCUCCACUCCAGCUCAAAUCCAUAUCCGCACGAUGGCUUCGCAGGCAUCGAAAAUUCAGGUCAAAAACCCUGUCGUCGAGCUCGAUGGCGAUGAGAUGACCAGAAUUAUCUGGCAGGAUAUUAAGGACAAGUUCAUUUUUCCAUAUCUCGACAUUGACUUGAAAUACUACGACUUGGGUCUUGAAUAUCGUGACCAAACCGAUGAUCAAGUUACUGUUGAUGCCGCCGAAGCUAUCAAGAAGUAUGGAGUUGGUGUCAAAUGUGCCACCAUCACCCCUGAUGAGGCCCGUGUGAAGGAAUUCAACUUAAAGAAGAUGUGGCUUUCUCCUAACGGUACCAUCCGAAACAUCUUGAAUGGAACUGUCUUCCGUGAACCCAUCGUCAUCGACAACAUCCCCCGUCUUGUCCCCGGCUGGAAACAACCCAUCAUCAUCGGCCGUCAUGCCUUUGGCGACCAAUACCGCGCCAAGGAUCAAAUCAUCCCGGGCGAAGGAACCCUUGAGGUCAUCUUCACUCCCAAGGGCGGCGAGCCUGAGCGUAUCAAAGUGUACGAUUUCGCUGGCCCCGGUGUCGCACAGACCCAAUAUAACACAGACGAGUCGAUUAUCGGAUUCGCUCAUUCCAGUUUCAAGAUGGCUCUCCUCAAGGAAAUGCCCUUGUACAUGAGCACCAAGAACACCAUCCUUAAGAAGUACGAUGGACGAUUCAAGGAUAUUUUCCAGGAGAUUUAUGAGAAGGACUACAAGAAGGACUUUGAGGCCAAGGGUCUCUGGUACGAGCACCGUCUUAUCGACGAUAUGGUUGCUCAGAUGAUCAAGAGCGAGGGCGGAUUCGUCAUUGCCAUGAAGAACUACGACGGAGACGUCCAAUCCGACAUCGUCGCCCAAGGCUUCGGUUCUCUAGGUUUGAUGACCUCCACCCUUGCCACACCCGACGGCACCGCAUUCGAGUCCGAAGCUGCCCACGGCACCGUCACACGCCACUACCGCGAACACCAAAAGGGCCGCGAAACAUCUACUAACCCAAUCGCCUCUAUUUUUGCAUGGACUCGUGGAUUGAUCCAGCGUGGUAAACUCGAUGGUACCCCUGAGGUUGUCAAAUUCGCCGAAGCCUUGGAACAGGCUUGCGUUGAUACCGUGAAGGAGGAUGAGAUUAUGACCAAGGAUUUGGCGUUGGCACGAGGACGCAAGGAUCGUGAGGCCUGGGUCACGACAAGGGAGUAUUUGGAGGCUGUUGAGAAGAGACUCAAGAAGUCUUUGCAACAGGCUAAACUUUAA